UCCGCCAGCCAAUAACGCAGUUCUCUCGCUCCCUCCAUCUCAGCCAGCUGUUUCUUUAGGAACAGAGAACAAGGAGAUUUAUUCAUAAUCACCUCAGAACAUUUAUACCUCGGACUUGUGGCUGCUUUCUCUGGAGCAUUCAAGCCGUUUGUACAGAUAUAUAAAUAUAUAUUUAUUUUCUCAUCUGGUAUAAUUUCCUCUGACAUGGAAGUGAGAUGUCGUCCAGCGGUGAUGUGUUUCCUCGUCGCCGUCCUCUCCUCCGCGGUCUGCCGGUCUCCGGAGUCCCCGUACGUGGACCGGCAGUACCUGAACGAGUGGGCGGUGGAGAUCCCGGGCGGACUGGCGGCUGCAGAGGCGAUCGCCAAGGAGCUGGACUACAAGCUGGUCCGACAGAUCGGGGCCCUGGAAGACCACUUCUUGUUCAAGCAUCGCAACCAUCCUAGCAGAAUGAAACGAAGUGCCAGCCACAUCACCCGCCGGCUGUCGGAGGACGACCGGGUGCUGUGGGCCGAGCAGCAGUACGAGAAGCGUCGCAACAAGCGAGCGUCCCUCGGCGAGUGCAGGGACUGCCCGGUGGAUAAGCUGUUUGACGACCCCAUGUGGAACCAGCAGUGGUACCUGCAAGACACGCGGAGGUCGUCCUCGCUGCCGAAGCUCGACCUGCACGUGAUCCCCGUGUGGCAGAAGGGCAUCACGGGGAAAGGAGUGGUCAUCACGGUGCUGGAUGACGGGCUGGAGUGGAACCACACGGACAUCUACUCCAACUACGAUGCAGCAGCCAGCUUCGACUUCAACGACAACGACCCCGACCCGUUCCCCAGAUACGACUCCACCAACGAAAACAAACACGGGACCAGGUGCGCCGGGGAGAUCGCCAUGCAGGCGGACAACAAUAAAUGUGGCGUCGGAGUGGCGUUCAACUCCAAGGUUGGAGGGAUCCGGAUGCUGGACGGGAUCGUGACUGACGCCAUCGAGGCCAGCUCCAUCGGGUUCAAUCCGAACCACGUGGACAUCUACAGCGCCAGCUGGGGACCCAACGACGACGGCAAGACCGUGGAGGGCCCGGGCCGCCUGGCCCAGAAGGCCUUCGAGUACGGCAUCCAGAAGGGCCGUGGUGGGAAAGGCUCUAUCUUCGUCUGGGCGUCAGGCAACGGGGGGCGUCAGGGCGACAACUGCGACUGCGACGGCUACACCGACAGCAUCUACACCGUGUCCAUCAGCAGCGCCUCCCAGCAGGGCCUGUCCCCCUGGUACGCCGAGAAGUGCUCCUCCACGCUGGCCACGGCCUACAGCAGUGGAGACUACACCGACCAGAGGAUCACGAGCGCCGAUCUGCACAACGAGUGCACGCAGACGCACACGGGGACGUCGGCCUCCGCCCCGCUGGCUGCUGGGAUAUUUGCCCUGGCACUGGAACAAAACCCGGAUCUCACCUGGAGGGACCUGCAGCACAUCGUGGUCUGGACCUCGGAGUUCGACCCUCUGGCCAAUAACCCGGGCUGGAAGAGGAACGGAGCCGGGUUGAUGGUCAACAGCCGCUUCGGCUUCGGCCUCCUCAACGCCAAAGCCCUGGUGGACCUGGCCGAGCCGGCCACGUGGCGGCACGCGCCCGAGAAGAAGCAGUGCAUCGUCAGGGACGAUUCCUUCCAGCCCAGGGCGCUGAAAGCAGCCGGCGCCAUCACCAUAGAGAUCCCAACCAAAGCCUGCGCGGGCCAGGAGAACGCCGUCCGCUCAUUGGAGCACGUGCAGGUGGAAGCCAGCAUCGAGUACACCAGGAGAGGAGACCUGCACAUCACGCUCACCUCCCCGGCCGGCACCAGCACGGUGCUGCUGGCUGAGCGCGAGAGGGACACGUCCUCUAACGGCUUCAGGAACUGGGACUUCAUGUCCGUCCACACGUGGGGAGAAGAUCCAUCUGGCACGUGGACCAUAAAGAUCACAGACACUUCGGGCCGCAUGCAGAACGAGGGUCGGAUUCUGAACUGGAAGCUGAUCCUUCACGGGACGUCGGAGAAGCCGGAGCACAUGAAGAAGUCUCGGGUGUACGUUCCCUACAACGCUGUGCAGAACGACCGCCGGGGGGUGGAGCGCAUGGACGACAUGAUGGAGGAGCCCACUCAGGCCUACCCACCUCCAAAGACUGACACUGAACAAGCCUCCCCACCUUCCAGCCCAGAGAAGGAGCCCAAAACGGCCUCCGACGCGCCCUUCUCCCCCUCCCUGGCCCUCCUGCGUCUCCUUCAGACCGCCUUCAACAGGCAGACGCCUGCCCUGCAGCAGCCGGCGUCCAGGGCCUCCUCCUCCUCCUCCUCCUCCUCCUCCUCCUCCUCCUCCGCCUGGAGGAAGCAGCAGCAGCCGGGCCGGAGCUUCUCUCCUCCUGCGACUCGACUCCCCCCCCAGACGCUGUACCAGGCCCUGGACAUGAUAAACAAGUACCAGGGGCCCGAGGACAGCGUCUACAGCGACUACACCGACGGCUUCUACAGGGCCAAGCCCUACAGGCACCGAGAUGACCGACUGCUGCAGGCCCUGUUUGAGAUGAUAGAUGGUGACCACAAGUGAAGGAGGAGAGGAAGGAGAGGAGAGGAGAGGAAGGAGAGGAGAGGAAGGAGAGGAGAGGAGAGGAGAGGAGAGGAGAGGAAGCAUGGUAAUGUGUUGGUCGGGAAGCAGAGGAGAAGCAGAGGGAUCUGGCAGUUGGAGGUGUGGAGGAGAGGAGAAGAAAUACAGGAAAGAGAACUCUUCAACUCAUUUCUAUACCCCC